CUCCACUUCUCCGCCCGAACCAUGACUCUUCAGGCUCGUCAAGACAUCAUUACCGAGAGCCUCGCUCAGCCCCCUCGCAACAUCAAGUUCCCCAGUGAGAAUGGUCGUGUCCAGACCGUCUCGGAGAUCUUUGGCCAGAAUGUCUUUUCUCUCAAGGAGAUGGAGAAGAGCUUGCCCAAACCUGUCUUCAAGACCUUCAUUCGCCAAGUCCGUGGUAACCAAACCCUCGACAAGGUUACUGCCGAUGCCAUUGCUCACGCUGUCAAGGUCUGGGCCCUUGAGCGUGGCGCAACUGAUUUUACCCAUUGGUUCCAGCCUUUGAACGACUCCACUGCCGAAAAGCACGAUUCUUUCCUUACCCUGAAGACCAACCACAUCAAUGGAUUCGAAGAGGUUACUGCCAUCGAUACUUUCUCUGGAUCCCAGCUGCUCCAGUCCGAGCCCGAUGCUUCUUCCUUCCCCUCCGGUGGAAUGCGCACUACAUUCGAAGCUCGUGGAUACACUGUCUGGGAUACCAAGAGCCCCAUGUUCGUUCAGAACGGUCCCCACGGUACAACCAUCCUUUACAUUCCUUCCGUCUUCAUUUCCUACAAUGGAGAAGCCAUGGACGAGAAGUCUGUUCUGUUGAGAUCUUCCGAAGUUCUCUCAAAGACUGCUCUCGAGACUCUUGACCUUAUUGAGCCCGUUGAUGAAGACCAUCCUCGCACCAAGCAUGUAUUCACCACCCUCGGUACUGAGCAGGAGUACUUUUUGAUCGAUCGUGGUCUGUACUCUCUCCGCCCUGAUCUUAAGAUCACCGGCCGUACUCUCAUCGGUGGCCUCCCUCCCCGUCACCAGCAGUUGGAGGAUCAUUACUUUGGUAAGAUGCCCACCCGUGUGUUGGCUGCAACCAGUGAGUGCGAGCUUGAGUUGGCCAAAUUGGGUGUCCCCAUCAAGACUCGUCACAACGAAGUCGCCCCUGCCCAGUUUGAGGUUGCACCCAUCUUCGAAGAGGCUAUCCAGGCUGUCGAUCACAACUUGUUGACCAUGGAUGUCCUGCACCGUGUUGCCCAUCGUCACAAGCUCAAGGUUCUCUACCACGAGAAGCCUUUCCGUGGUGUGAACGGUUCCGGAAAGCACUGCAACUGGAGUAUGUCCACUGACCAGGGUGAUAACUUGCUUGACCCCUCUGCUGCUCCUGAGCACAACUACCGCUUCUUGAUCUUCUUGGUUGCUGUUCUCAAGGGUGUUCUUGAUCACGGUGAUCUUAUGCGCGCCAGUAUCGCCUCUGCCUCUAACGAUCACCGUCUCGGUGCUCACGAGGCCCCCCCUGGCAUCAUCUCUGUCUUCCUCGGAAGCCACCUUAACGAGGUUCUCGAUGCUAUCGAGGAGAACCGCCCUGUCAACGAUCUUGCUGCCGGAACCCAGCUCCAGCACAUCCGUGUCCAGGGUACCGUGCUCGACUUGAAGGUCGCCACUCUGCCCAGCAUUGCUCGUGACACCACCGACCGUAACCGUACUUCUCCCUUUGCCUUCACCGGUAACAAGUUCGAGUUCCGUGCCGUCGGUUCCAAGCAGUCUCCCUCUUUCCCCGUCACUGUUCUCAACUCUGCCGUUGCCUCUGCUCUCCAGGAGGUCAACGCCGCUCUUACCAAGCAAAAGGGCACCAAGGCCGUGGCUUCGGAUGCCGACAAGGUUAUCGUUAUCCGCGAGUUCAUCAAGAAGACCAAGGCCAUCCGUUUCGAGGGCGACAACUACUCUGACGAAUGGGUCACCGAGGCUGCCAAGCGUGGUCUGCCCAACAUCCGCAAGAGUGUCGAUGCAUUCGGCUGCAUCUUGAAGAAAGAGAACGCCGAUAUGUUGAAGCGUCUUGGUGUCUUCUCCGAUGUCGAGCUCCACUCGCGUUUCCACAUCUUGACCGAGAAGUACGCCAAGGAUGUUGCCAUCGAGGCCCAGACCAUCUUGACCAUGGUCACCCAGCAGAUCCUGCCUGCUGCCUACAGCUACCGCCGUGAGCUUGCCGAGUCGGCUGCUUCCAUGAAGUCGAUCGGUAUUGAGGCCAAGGCCGAGCUCCGUGUGUUGAACAUCCUGAGCCCCAUUGUCGAGGCUCUCCAGGACCACAACGAUGCUCUUGACCAGCUCAUGGUCAAGCUCGAUGAUAUUGUCGAAGUCGAGAAGUUGGCUAUUGCCUGUAACGAACAGGUUGGCCCCGCCAUGGAGCGUGUACGUGAGCAAGCCGACAAGCUUGAGCGUUUGGUGGCCGACAAGUUGUGGCCCUUGCCCAAGUACAACGAGCUCUUCUUCAACAUCUAAAUCGAGUCUAUCCCUAUCUCUUUGUGUGUGUAUGUUUGCUAUUGGGGGUAUCUGUAGUGUGUAGUGUGUAGUGUGUAGUGUGUAGUGUGUAAAUAUAUCUAUCUAGCUAUCUAUCGAUUUAUCUAUAUAUCUGUCUGUCUGUUUUUCUUUCUCCUUCAUAUGUGUUUGCUUCUUACUUUUUAAAAAAAAAUUAGUUUUAAUGCCUUUGAUUCAAAAUUGAGACUAUAUGAAAGCAAAGAAAGAUAUAUAUAUACAAAUAAUGAUAAUAUAAAAGAAAUCUCUCUCUCUC